AUGAAACUUCACAUAUCAAGACAAUCUAUAAAUAAUUCAUGGCUGCUCCUCCUACUAUUGUUACCUUGCACAUUUUGCCAAGUAUUAGCUAUCUCAACAGUACGCGGAAGACGGUUCAAUUCAACCACCCCAGGAAUAAUAACCAAUCCCAGACACCCAAUACGAUACCAUCGAUCAAUAACAUCAAUUCCCAUACCUAAAAGACCCACUGAAAGGCCUACUGACACAAGAAGGCGCGUGACAACCAUAGCCCCACAACAGAAUAGGGCAGCACACGCCAAUAUAACAAAAAUCCCUGCUUCAUAUACAAAUCAGCAAAUCGCAAGUCAGACUACGCAUAUAAUGGAGUACACUCCGGGAAUUCCGUCUCCGCAUAAUAAUCAGAAUAUUCAAAAAUCAGUCCUGCCUUCGGGCAUGCUUUUCUUAGCAUUCGGCAUCGCACUCUGCGUCGUCAUCACCGCAUUCCUGGUAUCCUGGGGCAUUGUCUUCCUCCGCUCGUGGUACUUCGCCAGAAAGGAACAUCGCUUCCAGGCAAUGGCCUCUCGAUACCAGAACGCGGCGCUAUACAACCUCUCCUCAGACAGCGCGGACUCCGCGCCCUACGACUCGGAUCUCGUGCUGAAAGUCCGCAAGAUGGACCAGCUGAACAGACUAAGUCUCUACUCGCUCGGAUCGAUGUCCUCACUCGGCGGCGGCGAGCACAGCAAGGAUGCCAACAGACGCAGCUUGGAGAACCGCGCUUCAAUGUACAUAUCGCCGACAAACUUGAUACAACACCAGAAGCUGUUCAUGCUGUCCACCCGCACGCCAAGCACGCUCUCCCUCACGCCCACCGCGGCGCUGAAAGACCUACCUUUUCCGGCGCCUGCCUCCACCAGGGCCGCAUCGGGGUUGCCGUUGCGGCACUCCAUGGCGAGCACGAAGUACAUCCCCAAGAGCUCGGCUCCCCUGCCUCCAACCGCAUAG